AUGGAGCCCCCACCGCGCGAAGGUCAAGAGGGCGAUAAUGACCAGAAUGCCUAUAGCGUGUACAGUGAGUCCCCUAGCAUUAUUAACGAUGAGGAACUUCUUACACGUGAAAAGCUUGGGGCACUCAUCACACUGCAUGAUGCGAUAUGGACUGUAAGCUCCGCCAAGCACGGCAAUGGAGUGACGUGUCUGCUGGAUGGCUCCCACAGUACGUUUUGGCAAUCGGAUGGGGUUCUCCCUCAUGUUAUAUCCAUUGAUUACGCCCGGCUGACGCCGGUUUCAGUCGUGGCUCUCUACCUUGACUUCCAGCAGGACGAAAGCUACACCCCGCGAAGGAUACGGGUGCAAUCCGGUACACAUAGCGGUGACAUGGCAGAUGUUGCCGCCGUUACGGUAGAUGAUCCGCGCGGUUGGGUAUUCAUACGUAUGAACUUAGAGGUGGAGACAUCAGAGCCCUGGGAACUUGAAAUAAUGCGUGGAACCGAAGGAGGUGGGGCUGGCACCCACGCACUUGGUGCUUCUAGAGCAAGAGAGACGGCAGAGGGAAUAUCUUCAUUGCCACCUUUCUUUCCUCAAGAUGCUAUUGUAGAGAACGAUGACUACGCUGAAUUUAUGGGAGAUGGUGUGUGGUGCACACAUAUUCGUAUCAUUCUUGAGGAAAACCGUCAGAACGGCCGUGAUUGCCAUGUCCGUGGGGUGAGAGUGCUGGGACCCAUGCGACAAAGCGUGUUCACCACAGCGUCCUUCUCGCAACAUCUUCUACUACGCUAA